UUGACUUGUUAAUCUAUUAUUUACACUUCACUGAAAGAGAUACAAAGAUUCAGAAAUAAGAAUGUGUUAUCGAUCCAUCUCAAUGUGACCCAACGUAACAGUGUUUCAUGGAUACAAAAGGCAUUGAUCCUGCAAAAAACCCGUAAUACACUUUGAUGCGUUUUAAAGUAGUCCACAACGUCAUUACCACCACUUGACACCAGAUUAGCUAGACAGCUUAAUUAGGAGUCGCGCUUUAUACAAGCCUGGCUUGCCCGACGGCCAAAGACAAGACAACUGAAUCCAAGAUCUGCGUAAGUCAAGUAAUACUGCAUUGUUUUUUCAGCAACAUUUAUAAAAUUCAAGCCACCUACUCUUCUGGCUUCUUAACAACCAGUCAAAAUGAUGAUCGCCACGGGGGCUCACAAACAUCAGCCUGCCUGACGCGUAAUGUAAAAUUUCCCUACGGCUAAGGAUCAAGAGAAUGAAUCGCCGUAUCACAUACGACGUUAUCUGGCGACUAGUUCUAUUCACAGCUCAAGCAUUUUGUGCUGUGAGUGUACAAGGAGCUCAAAACCCUCCUCACAUCGUAAUGGUGAUGGUGGAUGAUCUGGGAUGGAGUGAUGUGGGGUAUAACAAUAUAUCAGCCGUUAACACGCCAAAUAUUGACAGACUGGCGGCAGAUGGAGUCAAAUUGAUGAGUUACUACACACAAGCUAUGUGUACACCGUCGAGAGGAGCUUUGAUGACUGGGAAGUACCCCCUACACACAGGGAUGCAACAUUUUGUCAUCAACAGUACCUCACCAUGGGGGAUGCCAAGGAAUCUUCCAACUCUACCUGAAAAGUUACGCAAACUCGGGUACAGCACCAACCUUGUUGGUAAAUGGCAUCUUGGAUAUUUUGACUGGGAUUACGUUCCAACAGCUCGUGGAUAUGAUUCGUUCUUUGGCAUCUACAUGGGCGAAGGAGAUCACUGGAAUCACAGUAAAAUGGGCUACCUGGACAUGAGAAGAGGCAUGGAACCGACAUGGGAUUACAGAGGGAGACAUUCGACUGACGUCUUCACAGAUGAAGCAAUAAACAUAGUAACUCGUCACGACCAGACGAAGCCGUUGUUCCUUCUCCUGUCGUACACAGCUCCACACACCCCGUUACAGGCACAUCCACGGGACAUCGACAAGUACAAACACAUUUCUGAUGUAAAAAGAAGAAACUACUUAGCCAUGGUUGACGCUCUUGACCAGGCGAUAGAACGACUCGUGGACACCUUCAAAAAUAAAAGCAUCUGGAAUGACACCGUUUUUAUAUGGUUCUCUGACAACGGUGGCUUCCCUGGACCAGGCGGUGGCUAUAACUGGCCAUUACGGGGUUUGAAGUCCAACAUAUGGGAGGGAGGAAUCAGGGUUCCUGCCUUUGUACAUGGAUCAAUGCUUAAGAGAAGAGGAGUGAAAAUCAACGACCUCUUUCAUGUAACGGACUGGUAUCCAACUCUUAUCAACCUGGCAGGAGGAACCGUGGACGAAGACGUAGACGGGGUGGAUCAGUGGAAGGUGAUAUCCGAAGGGCAGUCUUCCAAACGUACAGAGAUUCUCCAUAACAUUGACUAUGCGCCAGAUCUGAAAGCCAUGAACUAUGCACCUCUAGGCUUUAGCUAUUAUACCGGUGCAGCGAUAAGAAUAGGACACAUGAAACUCCUACAUAGAAGUCCAAACAGUACCUGGUACGGCCUGCCGGAGAAUGGAGCUGCUCCACCUAAAAUGCUUACCAUUGACCGACUUCCCUUCAUCGAUAUCGCCCUUUACAACAUCACGRCAGACCCUGAAGAAAGGCAUGACUUAAAAGCAAAAUAUCCCGAGGUUGUUCAACAAAUGCUUGCUAGGCUGAAAGAAUACAACUCAACUGUGAUGAAAUAUCACUUGCAACCUGAAGAUCCUGAAUGUUUGAAGCUGGCGAAAAGGCUAGGGCGAUGGGAGCCUUGGAAGGAUGAAGAUUGUAUAACAUCUUCAGGAACUAUCCAUUACCCGGUAAUAGAUUAUUGCGGGCCAYGGCCGAUUGUUGGAAUUAAGACCAUUUGCGCAAUUUGGAUAGCAUUCUUAUGGACCCUACUUGGACAACAAUGAUAAGCAAAGAUGUAGACGCUUUUCGAAUUUUUUUUUCUCCAUCAAUUUUUAUUCAUUUACUUGUUAUCAUUCCUGCUUUUAAAUGUGCCUUACACAAGGUUUCGCCGGACGAAGCUAGUAUUUCCUAAUAAAAAUUUCAAAUAUUUGUAUUAUCAUUUAUAAUUGAAUAAAUAAUGAAAAGUUAA